AUGGCUGGAAGCACAGUUCCGCAGCUGGUGAUGCCCAGUCUUACGGUCCCCGGCCGUCGGUCCUUUUCAGACGUGGGCAAAUCGAUGGGAAGGCUCAGGUUGCUGGUGGCAGGUCGAGCAGGCAUUGGCAAAACAUCACUCAUCCAGGCCCUGGGACAGAAUUGUCAACACAUUGUGCACAUGGACCCUCUCGAGUCGUGCUCGGCUGGCAAAAUCAGGGAGAUAUACGCCAGCACUCGACCUGAUCCUUGGUGGCGAGCGAGUUCCGAGCCUGUCGCGUACGCCAAGAGACGGAGGCAAUCCCUGACACACGACAUUUUGGACAGGAACCUGUGUUUCCUCGAUUGUCCAGCGCUUCCAAAUAAUACCGAGGCGAGUCAAGCAGAUCGAUAUGUUCAGACACAGCUAUUGCGGCUCUGCGAAAGGCCAAUAGAAGAUGAAGACUUGUUCCAUCUUCUAAGCGGCGGGGCCGGGCCGAUUGUUCAUGUCGUGCUCUAUAUGGUGCCCUUUACGGGUCCGAACCCGGCUGACAUCAGAUGCAUCAAAAGUCUGCAGAAGAUAACAAAUGUCAUUCCACUGCUUGCAAGGGCAGAUGAAUUGGCAUGCGAGGAUUUAGCGCUAUCCAAGGACAGGCUUGUCAACAUGUUGAGCGACCAAGGUCUUGAAUGGUUCUCUUUUGCCAGACCCGAAUCGGCACAGAACACGUCGAGCAUAUACGCAGUCUCGAGUACGACCGAAGCUGAUUGCCGUGCGACGGAUGCCAGCAUUCACAUGAGUUUUGAGAUUCUACAGUCACAGGUUUCAACAGACCUUGAGGAGCUCAUCGACCGCAUCUUUUCUCUCGAUGGAAGCUCCCGGCUCCGGUACUCUGCUGCUCUCAAGUCUGUACUGGACCCUAAGCGCGGCUUUGAUAUGCCUUUGGCCAAGACAGGGCCUUAUACGGGGCUGGGCCAAGAGCAGACCAACGCCGAGCCGGUCAACGCGAACCAUCAAGAUCCGCUGGGAUUGUUGGAGCUGGGCAGUCGAAUCAAGCACGGCGGGAGGCUGACCUUGGAGCUGAUGAGCAGCCUGGGCGUUUUCGGCUGCAUUGCCAUGUGGCUCAUCCGCCCGGAGAUAGCACGCCACUGGGACGCAGGCUUGCCUCCGUCGUGGUGCCUGAUCAGGUUUUGA